GAGUUAAGAUCAAGGCCAUUAAGAAGGGUUGCGUUCCCUCUGUUUCCUGCAGUGAAGAUACUGGCGUUCUUAACAUGGGGAAAGCGGGAAUGAUAACCAACCAACUUUUUUGCUGUGUGGGAGAUAAAUGCAACAGGAUCAAUCACGUUUUCCCGACCAUAGAUAUGAAGCCCAAUGGGAAGAUAUGCCCAGCUUGUCAAGCUCUGCAAGGUGGUGACUGUGGGAACGAAAUAACCCAAUGUACGGGAAACCAGGAGCUCUGCUUUUCUGUCAUCGGGAACACAAACUUAGGAGAAGCAGUGAUAACAACAACCUUGAAGGGCUGCACCAACAGGCAUAUGUGUACUGAACUGCAGGAUCACUCGGCCAGCUUUAGUGGGAUAAGCGUUGUUUUAUCUUCCACCUGCAAACCAGCUCAAAGCAAAGCCAUGAUGCGUGUCCCCUGGAUAGCUAGGAUUAUUUCAGGACAGUGUGGCCUCUUCUUCCAAGUCCUUGCUGGGUUGCUGCUGAUGUUUCUCGUUCUGUGAUCUCACCCACCCCAUCACCCACCCAUCCAAUAUGUACUGCAUACAUACAUCACCAAGAUUCCAGGGGUCGCGAGUCCCCCUGUCAUCUUGAAUGCUUUUAGUAAUUACGUAUGCAUAGGGUUUGUUUUUACAGUUGAUUUUUAAUGGA